AGACGCCCGCGCCUGCGCACUGCCGCUCGCCCCGACCCUCGACCGUGGUUCAGUACCCUCCCGGGCCCGAGCGGGACAUGGUGCUGUCAGAACUGGCCGCGCGCCUCAACUGCGCGGAGUACAAGAACUGGGUGAAGGCGGGCCACUGCCUGCUGCUGCUGCGCGGCUGCCUGCAAGGCUUCGUCGCCCGCGAGGUGCUCGCCUUCCACCGCGGCCUGCUCGCCGCCGCCCCCAGCCUGGGCCCCCGCGCCGCCUGCCGCAGCGGCUCUCGGUGUAACCCGCGCGCCCGCCAGUUUCAGCCUCAGUGUCAGGUUUGCGCAGAGUGGAAACGGGAGAUUUUGAAACACCACACCAACAGGAAUGGAGACGUCCACUGGGGAAACUGCCGGCCGGGCCGCUGGCCCGUCGACGCCUGGGAGGUGGCCAAGGCCUUCAUGCCCCGAGGACUGGCAGACAAGACCAGCCCCAAGGAAUGUGAUGCUGUUGCUCUUUUAAGUCUCAUCAACUCCUGCGAUCACUUCACGGUUGAUCGAAAGAAAGUCACAGAGGUGAUUAAGUGUCGUAACGAGAUCAUGCAUUCUUCAGAGAUGAAAGUGUCUUCUCUGUGGCUUCAAGAUUUUCAGGUGAAGAUCCAAAAUUUCCUGAAUGAAUUCAGGAAUAUUCCAGAGAUUGUGGCAACAUACACCAGAAUAGAACAGCUGCUGACAUCUGACUGGGCUGUUCACAUCCCCGUCGAAGAUCAGCGAGAUGGGUGUGAAUAUGAAACAGGAGUUUACCUGAGUGAGAGCCAAGUCAACGAAAUAGAAAUGGAAUUACUAAAGGAAAAACUUCAAGAGAUCUAUCUUCAAGCACAAGAACAAGACGUGUUGCCUGAAGAGGUAAAAAAAAAAGAAAAGAAAAAGAUCUUAAAUCGACUGCAAGUGGUGAAAGAAUUUCUGAGAAGCAACAAGGAUCUUAGAAAUGGUCUUAGAGAAGAUCUGCAGAAGCUAGACAGCCUCCAUCUACAGCAGCAAAAACCAGAUUCCAAGGAACCUGGGGCCCAGAAACCUGAAGGGAAGGCCUGAGCUACAGAACCCCUGUCCAGUCGUUUGCAGUGGUUCAGGGGAUCAGCCUCACCCUCCCCUCCAUCUGCUCCUUUUCAAAGCCAGCAGCACUUAACUGGGCCAAGUCACCUCUGGACCUUCGGGGACAGAAGUGCCACCUGCCCCGCUCCCUGGAGGAAGUGCUUCCACUCCAAGCCCAAAGGAAGCCAUCCUUCACUUGUCUAGCUGCCCAUCAAGAACGUGGUCUGUAGACACUGGGCAGUGGGUGGGGGUACAUUUGGUAUGUUUUUACAUUAUAAUGCUGUAAACCCCGGAUGAAUGCAAAUGUGCCUGUAACUGACUAUUUGGUCUUGAAUCGUACAUUUUCUUUGUCCGUUCACUUCAUGCCGUUCCUUCAGAAGACUUCCAUAGUAAAGUAAGAAUCCUCAUUCAUCUCGCAGCUAUGCCCAAACUGAGAAAUUUGCCAAGACGUUUCCCAGCUUCUAGAUGUAAGGUAUAUCUAGAAGGUGGGAUCCAAUUAAAUCUUGAUUCACUAACCAAGUUAAGACCUGAUUUCUAGCUUUAGGAACUUGUGGUUAUGAACACUUUUGUUUCAUCCCUCCUGUAUCCAGUUAGCUUCUCCUUCUCUGUCCAACAUUUAUCAAGUGUCCGCCAUGGCCAGGUGCUGAAAUGGAUGCAGAUGUGAGGAUUUAUAAGAUGUGGACAAUGGUAUACAUGCCGUCAUCUCUGGAUUUAUUGUAUGCUCUGAUAAAUGAAUGAUACUGUGCAGAAAACAUUAUACUGGCAACGGUUUAAUUACCUUGAAAUCGAAGAAAGGGAAGACAUGUCCAGAGAGGGCUUUAAAGCAAAUGGAGCGUGCAUGGGGACGUCAACCUGUGGGCCUCUCCUCUAUGGAUCUGUGCACGUGGCGCAGGAUGUGCACACAAGGGUGCUCACAGCAGCGCUGGCCGCUGGGCAUCAAGAGAUGACUGGGUAAAUCCCAGCGCGUCCACGCCACAGAGCAUUAUGCAAUUGUAAAGAAUGUCAUACUGCUGCAGUGCAGUAGUAUGGACUGCUCUCUAACACACACGAAACGGAAAAGCAGAAUGUUCAACAGUGCAUGGUAUGCUAUAAAACUAUUUGUCUUUUUCAAUAAAAGGUCUGGAAAGUCGUGUGCCUUUCCCAGGCUCCUUUGCUGGGUUACCUCUGGGAGAGGAAUUGGGGUCAAGGGGUUGGUUAGCAGAAAUCUGGCUUUUCUGUUUUGGGCCUCGUCCCAUAUGAAAUGUGUGCAACAAACACAUGCUCCUAGUAUUUUGAAAGUUCUUAAUUACAGUUUGUUCAUUUCAAGAUAAUCAAGAGACGUGAACAAUACAAAUUCAAACUAUAAGACUUAUGUGUCACAUUUCCUGGAAUAGGCUGUAGCCUCCCAUUUUUGUGGGUGUCAGCUCCACCUCUAGGGGCACUUGGGAGGCGUCAGGGUCCAGAGAAGCCCAGGAAGUGGUCUCCUUUCCACACAGGGCUGUUUUGUCUCUGAGGGCCUGGUUUUCAUUCAGCAAUAUGAUUUACUCUCUCCGCCUCUCCCUGCGACACAAUAUGUGGAAAGAAUUAGAGGAGAAAACGUUUCGGCAUUAGGGUUGCAAAGGUAAGGCCGUUCUUUGCAUUUUAGCCUGUGCUUUGCCCGGGAACUCAGAGGACCUAAGGAGAAGGACAUUACUUUUUAAACUCAGCAUAAAGCACGAAUUCUGGGUAAUAACGAAAGUGUGUCAGUAACAAAAACUUCUGGAAAAAUAGCCCUGCCAAUUCAAAAUGUUCUUGGCUUCAUAAAGUAGCAGAAGAGAUCUGUAGACAGGUUAAAUUGGCAAGGCCAGAAAGGAUUGUGUUUGAGAGUUUGGGGAGAUUAUGAAGUGAUUGUUACCCUAAUGAUUUGAAAGGCUCAUUUUUAUUAAAGUAUUAAUCACUUAUAUGGCUUUAAACAUGAAUAUCCUAGGCAACAAAGGGUGCGACCUCUUGGGUGGGCAUACUACAAAUUAGAUCCUGUAAGUGGAGCAUUGCCUGAGAGUUGGAGGCAUUGGAAUCUUUUGGAUUUUUUUCUCUAAUCAUUUUGCCCUCUAAAUUGUAAAUGUAGAGUGAUAGGGAAUUAUCAGUAGGGAUUAUUACCCACUUUUGCCUUACCAGGUCAAUUAGAAACCUACCUGCCUUUGAUCGAAAUAUACUCAAAUUACAAAAUACAUGUUGUAAGACAGAUCUAAAAAUAUAUUAAUUUCUACUCACAUAGUAGUGAAGGGAAAAAUUCCUUUCAAGUUUUAAUAAAAACCUUGAUAAAAGGU